AUGGCCUGCAAACAUUGUGACAGAUUUCAUUAUGGCAAAUGUUGGUAUGAAGGGAAACCUAAAUGCCAUGGUUGUGGGAAGCCUGGACAUAUGAUCAGAGAUUGCUAUGGACACAAGAAUGUGCAGAGAGAUGGUUGUAGUAACCACAUGACAGGAGAUGAGGGACUUUUGGUCAAUAUUCAAGGGAAUUUGAGCUCUAAGGUGAAGAUGGGAACUGGAGAAGUGGUCCCAGUUGCUGGAAAAGGGACUUUGGGUGAUAAAAACUAA